AUGCUGCUCCGUUCUAACAAGGGCAAGGAAGUACUUCCCCAGGUGCAGGGUUUGGAUUCGCUGGCGCCGCGGCUGAUCCAGGAGUGCAGUGCCGAUGUUGAUGGCGCCAUCGACUUGGGCGUUGAAAACGAGGAUGCCCAAGUCGUGAUGCAGCUGCUGCAGCUACCCGGAGCGAAACAGCGCAAGUGGGUGAAGCAGUGGCUGCUUCGACGUGCUGCUAUCAACGGAGAUUUGCCGUUGUUGGAGGGCGCAUUAGCUCUUCCCGGCCUGGAUGUCAACGACGGGGCAGAGAGCUCCGUCGGCCCAGCUUUGCUUCUUGCAGCAGAGGGCGGGCACGCGGCCGUUUGCCAAAGGCUGUUGCAAGCUCGCGCCGACCUUUCGAUGGCGGCCCGGACUGGCCUGAGAGGCCGCUGGACGGCAGCAGAUGUCGCCGCGCUCCGCGCUAGCCGCCCUGAGUUUCAGGAGGUCUUGCACGUCCUCGGCCAGUUCGGCAACCAGCCGUUCGCGUUGACUGCAAUGGCACGGGCCCCAUGA